AUGGCUGUGAAGACCCGCUGCCGCCAGCAGGGUCUCCUCUUGCGACUAGAUAAGCGAUACGAUUCCUACUUUGCGCGCUGUGCUUUACGUGAAUUGCAAUGGGCUCAAUACUCAACCAACGAUUUUGACUCGUCGGGAGGAUCUGGACUCUUAGGCAAGAUUUGGAGGGCCGGGCUGGGCGGCAAGCAAAAGGAGGGAGCGGAAUCUGGGAGCAGCGGCAGUAGCGGCAGCAGUGGCAGCAGCAACAAGGGGGGCUCAGGCGGCGCGAAGGGGUCCUCCGAAGAUGCGCUGGUGCCCUCCGGCCCCGAGCGCAAGCACCACAAGGUGUUCGUGGUGGAGCUGUCCCGCAAGCCCCUGUUCCCUGGCAUCUACACCCCGGUGAUGAUCAGUAAGAAUGAGGCGCUCGUGAGGGAGGUCAUGGAGGUCAAGAAACAGGGGGCACACGCCUACGUGGGAGCUUUCCUCCGGAAGCCCCCCUCAGACAGCAACCCCCAACCCCAACCCCACCCGGAGGAGGGGGGAAAUGCAGCAUCCCAUCUGUACGACAUCGGGACCUUCGCGCAGGUUCACACGGUAUUGGCGGGUGACGGGGCGGACUCCGCCCAGCUGCUGCUGCUGGGACACCGCCGAAUACGGAAGACCGCGGUGAUAUCCCCUGAGCCCCUCAGAGUUCACAUUGACCACUUGAGGGACGAGAGCUAUACAAGCGAUGAUAUACUCAAGGCCACAAGUAUGGAGAUCGUCAACACGAUGCGGGACCUGCUGCAGCUCAACCCCCUGUACGGCGAACAGUUCCGUACAUUGCUGUCUCUAACUGGCAGUAUCGACCUGCAGGAUAUGUCCCGACUGGUGGACGCCGCCGCCUCCCUCACUAGUGCGGAUGACGUCACCCUGCAGGGGGUGCUGGAACAGCUGAAUGUGCCGGAGAGGGCCCGUAUGGUCCUCAACCUGCUGAAGAAGGAGGUGGAGCUGUGCAAGCUGCAAGCGGAUAUCCGGGAGCAGGUUGAGGGCAAGAUCGCCAAGGAGCAGCGGCGCAUGUUGCUGAUGGAGCAGCUCAAGUCCAUAAAGAAGGAACUGGGCCUGGAGCGGGACGACAAGAGCGCACUGCUGCAAAGGUUCCAGGCCCGCUGGGAUGAAAAGAAGGCGGCCGCACCCCCCGAUGUGGCCAAGACGGUGAAGGAGGAGCUCGACAAGCUGGGUGGGCUGGAGCCCGUGUCUCCGGAGUUCAACAUCACCCGGACCUACCUGGACUGGCUCACCUCCCUGCCCUGGGGUACGACAACCCAGGAGGUGUUUGACCUGACGCGUGCGAAGCAGGUGCUGGAUGACGAGCACUUCGGUCUGGACGACGUCAAGGACCGCAUCCUGGAGUUCAUCGCGGUGUCGCACCUGAGGGGCAGCGCGCAGGGGAAGAUCCUGUGCUUGGUGGGGCCCCCCGGUGUGGGUAAGACCAGCAUCGGUCGCUCCAUCGCCACCGCCCUCAACCGGGAGUACUACCGCUUCUCUGUGGGGGGGUUGCAUGACGUGGCAGAGAUAAAGGGCCACAGCAGCUUCACUCGUUCGUGGCGCACGUAUGUGGGCGCGAUGCCCGGCAAGCUGGUCCAAUGUCUCAAGUCCACGGGCAGCUCCAACCCGCUGGUGUUGAUCGACGAGGUGGACAAGCUGGGUCGCGGGCACGCGGGGGACCCCGCCAGCGCCCUACUGGAGCUGCUGGACCCGGAGCAGAACGCGGCGUUCCUGGACCACUACCUGGACCUGCCCCUGGACCUGUCCAAGGUUCUGUUCGUGUGUACGGCGAACACACUUGACACCAUCCCCGGUCCCCUCCUGGACCGAAUGGAAGUCAUUAGGUUGUCGGGAUAUGCGCAAGAUGAGAAGCGCUCCAUCGCCCGGCGGUACUUAGAACCGGCAGCGGCGGCCGACGCGGGAGUGCCUCGCGGGUCCGUGUCGCUGUCGGAUGAGGCGCUGGAGGGCCUUAUCUCCGAGUACUGCAGGGAGGCGGGUGUACGGAACCUGAAAAAACACAUCGACAAGGUGUACCGCAAGGUGGCGCUGCAGCUGCUCAAGGAGUAUGUGGGUCAGGCCCCCUUCGCGAAAGACAAGUUCUAUGAAACCACCCCGCCGGGUGUGGUUAUGGGCCUCGCCUGGACGCCCCUCGGCGGCGCCACCCUGUACGUGGAGGCGGCCCGGGUGGCGGGGAGCGAGGCCAAGGGCGCCCUCACCACCACCGGGCAGCUGGGGGACGUCUUUCGGGAGUCCGCCACCAUCGCCCACACCUUCGCGCGCAACUUCCUAUCCGCGCGAGACCCCGCCACCGCCCACUCCUUCUUCGGCGGCUCGGCCCUGCACGUGCACGUGCCCGCCGGCGCCACCCCCAAGGACGGCCCCUCGGCGGGCUGCACGCUGGUGACGGCGCUGCUGUCCCUGGCCCUCAACCGGCCCGUGCGGCCCGACCUGGCGAUGACGGGGGAGGUGACCCUGACGGGCUGUGUGCUGCCCAUCGGCGGGGUGAAGGAGAAGGUGCUCGCCGCCCGCCGUAGCGGUGUCCGGGUGGUGGUGUUCCCGGAGGGCAACAGACCGGAGUACGAGGACCUGCCGCAGGAGCUUAGACAGGGCUUGGAGCCGCACUUCGUGAGCUCGUACGGGCAGGUGUACGAACUGGCCCUGGGCGGCCAGGACCCCACCAGCCCGCCAGCGAAACAGGGCGAGCAGGACUCCCUCCGUCGGGACGCAGCACAGCUACUGCCGCCACUGCCCUCACCUUCACCCCGACCAGCUGCAUGGACAGCCAGCUACUCUCGAUGUAAGUAUGUUCCCCGCCAGGCCCUGACCGACCUAGCGGACGGCGGUCUGACCACUUUCGAGGUGAGCGGCGCCGGCUGGCCGUACUGCUCUCUUAGGUCGCUGUUCGGCGAGCUGCCCUCGGCUGCGCCAUAA